CGGGUGGGCGACUGGCUCUGCCCCGCGUGCUCCAACCACAACUUCAAGGACAAGAUUGUCUGCAACAAGUGCUCCAGCCCGCGCCCGGCCUCGAUCCCGCUCAUCGGCAUCGCCGGCGCGGGCGGCGCGGGCGGUGGGGUUGGCGGCGGCGGCGGCGGCGUCGCCGAGGUGCGGCCGGGCGACUGGCUCUGCCGCCACUGCGCCAACCACAACUUUGCAGACAAGACGCACUGCAACCGCUGC